AUGGCAUUCGCACCUAAACCUGGAUGCCCAAUGUGCAGCAUCGUCGCCAGUGCCUCGCAUACGACACCAAACUCACCGCGUUCACCGACAUUCCCAACCGGGUCAACCCAACCUGAAGUUGUCUGGCGCGACGACAACUUCACGAUUUAUAAAGAGAAAGCGAACCCAGUAUCGAGCAAGGGUCACCUCGUUGUUGCUUUCAACUUGCAUGUUCCCUCACUAUAUACCUUGUCAUCGACGGAUUUGCCUCUCCUCGUCAGCAUCAAGAAUCUAGCAACGAGGUUACUUUCCUCCCUGAUAGCACCAGACGCUGCAAGUGCACCACCGACGCCCUCAGUCGCAGCCAUGCUCCCAACAGAACCUGUUGAAGACCCGAACAACAGAUUCCACAUAGGAUUUAUUACGCCACCAUUUAAAGACAACAAGAUACCCAUAACUGAUCACCUCCAUGCCCACGCCUACAUCGAACCAGCCGACCUACUUGGCUGGUGGCGGGGUGUUGCGUAUAGUGGACUGGCCUGGUAUGCCAUUGACGACCUCAUUGCUGAGAUUCGGGAGUCUGUUUCGAAUAACCGGGUCAAAUCAGGCUACCAGAACAGGAGAGCACCAAUUGAUAGGGUGCCCACAGCAGGUGCCCGUGCCGGAACAGCAAACGGUAUCGAGACCACAGAAGCGGGCCUCGCUGCUUCGAUUCCUACUAUCGAGGAUGGUGGCGUAACGCCGACUGCCCUCCUACCACCCUCUCGCCCUCGGACCCCAGUGUGA